AUGCGUUUUAUGCAACGAUCUAAAUUCACAUCACCUAUUCUUAUCACUAUGUCUCAACAAAGUCUACCCAAUCAUGUAUAUAUUUCACCGACAAUUCAGGAUAAACCAGCACCUAACUGGACACGUUUUGUUUGCGUUAGUGAUACUCAUAACAAAGUUAGCCUUAAGACCUAUCAUGUUCCUGAAGGAGAUGUUCUGCUUCAUUCGGGAGAUUUAACCGAAGUUGGUAAAUUGGAUCAAAUAAAAACAGCUGUUUGCUGGAUUAAAAAUAAACCUUUUUAUGAAGAAUAUUGGAGUAAAUUUCAUCGUUAUAAGGAGAAUUCGGAUGAUGCUAUUAACAUGAUAAGAAAUGCGGGUCAUGGUAUUGUGUAUUUGGAAGAUGAGUCUUUUAUAAUCCCCGAAAGUGGGUAUCAGGUAUAUGGAAGCCCAUAUACUCCAAGAUUUUAUGACUGGGCUUUCAACGGAGAUCGUGGACCAUUCUUGAAGG